UGUACCCAGCCUGAUGCCUGUACCCAGCCUGAUGCCUGUACCCAGCCUGAUGCCUGCCAGUUGACCCGAUGCCCGCUGUCAAGCCAGACGAUCCAAUGCUUGAUGACCCAGUACCCGCGGUCAUACCUGGUAACCCGAUGCCUGCUGUCGAGCCAGAUGAUCCAAUGCCUGAUGACCCAGUGCCCGCUGUCAUACCUGGUGACCCGAUGCCCGCUGUCGAGCCAGACGAUCCAAUUCCUGAUGUGCCGCUGCCCGAUGUGCCGCUGCCCGGAGUCCUGCCCGAUGUGCCACUGCCCGAUGUGCCGCUGCCGGAGUCCUGCCCGAUGUGCCGCUGCCCGGAGUCCUGCCCGAUGUGCCGCUGCCCGGAGUCCUGCCCGAUGUGCCGCUGCCCGGAGUCCUGCCCGAUGUGCCGCUGCCCGGUGUGCCAUUGCCCGGAGUCCUGCCCGGUGUGCCAGUCUUUGAUAUCCCGCCAGUUACCAGACCCGGGCGGUGGAACAUUUUGCCCAGCUAGAACUGUUUGGAGCGUCCUGAGGCCG